AUGAUUUCUUUUCCUUCUUUUUGUAUAAUCAUUCUCACAUUUUUAUAUCCAUUUGAAACAUUUUCUUUACAACCCAUCACUCAACAAGAAGCCACAUUUUCUUCAAGGUUUCUUGAUUCCGUCCUCCAAGACUAUGCUUUCCGGUCAUUUUCCGGUCACCGGAAAAAGACAGGUGUCAUUUAUGACGGCAUUGUUCCUGCCAACGUAACAGGAACUACCAUUUCUGCCCUUAGGUUAAGAAGUGGUAGUUUGAGAAGAAGAGGCUAUUUUAACUACAAAGAGUUUGACAUUCCUAGUGGCAUUUUGGUAAAUCCUUAUGUUAAGAGGGUUAUUUUGGUGUAUCAUAAUUUGGGUAAUUGGUCAAAUGUUUUUUACCCUUUACCUGGGUUUGUUUACUUGUCACCAGUGGUGGGAUUGUUGGGUUACAAUGCAGCGAAUUUGACCGGAAAAGGGUUGCCGGAGCUUGAUAUCCGGUCAUCGGAAAACCCCAUUUUGAUAAAGUUUGAAACUUUAAGUGUUUUGCCAAAUGGGGUUUUGCCAAAAUGUGUUUUCUUUGAUUUGUUUGGUGGGGUUGCUUUUGAUCAUGUUGAAAACGGGAGUGUUUGUACAAGUGUAACACAAGGGCAUUUUGGGAUAGUUGUUGAAAAAACUUCGCCGCCGCCGGUGGUGGCGCCGGUGCCGGCACCGGAAAAGUCCCAUGGGUCGGAAUAUCCGAUUGCCGGAGGGAAUGGGGGUGGUGGUGGUGGUGGUGGAGGUGGAGUGAGGAAGAAGUGGUUGUGGAUUGGUGGGUCGGUUGCCGGAGGGGCGGUGGUUGCGGCGGCAAUGGUGGUGCUUGUGGUGGCGGUGAGACGGGUUGUUGGUAGGAAACGGAUUGCGGAAAUGAGAGGAGUGGCGGAAAGCGGCGAUCCAUUGGCGGUUGCCGCCGUGGGGAGGGCUAAAGUUCCGGUGGCAAUGGGGACUAGAACUAAACCAAUUUUGGAAAGUGAGUAUGUAAGUUAG